CACAUUUCCUCUUCUAAAAAAGCUCAUUUGACUAUCAUUUCAACAAUAAAUUCCCCCGAAAACUCCACUUCAAUCUGAGCUCUUUUCAUUCCACCAGCCAGCCGAAUUCAACGCCCCUCUACAACACCAUCACCACCACCAAAAAGCAAAAUGAGCAGCGACAUCCUCCACCACAUCAACUCCCUCCCAGAGCUAAAAUCCCUCUUCGCAUCAACAACCUACGUCGCAGUAGACUUCUACGCAGAUUGGUGUGGACCCUGCAAGGCCAUCGCGCCGCACUACGAAGGGCUAGCGAAGCAACACUCCGUUCCUAAUGUCUUGGGUUUCGCCAAGGUGAAUGUUGAUAAUGCGCAGGAUAUCGCGCGUGAGUAUGGUAUUACGGCUAUGCCUACGUUCAUGUUCUUCAAGGAGGGGCGGCAGGUUGGGGUCAAUGGACAGCCUGUGAUUCGUGGCGCUGACCCUAGAGCGUUGAGUGCGGCGGCGGAGAAAUUGGGCGGACUUGCUAAGAAGAGGGUUGCGGAGGCUAAUGCGAAGUAAAGGGACCAUGUUGUGGCGAUUUCGUGAUGAAUGGGGAUGUGAUCGGUUAUUGCGUUCGUUUGAUCCGAAUAGAGAUGAUUGUCGCACAUGGGGUUAGUUGAUAUUCGGCGUUAUGAUAUUAUGCUAAAGGUCGUACCACAUGAAUAGUACUUCCUAUUCCAUUCAUAGUGCGGUGCUAUCAAAAGCA